GCUCCUCCUCCUCCCGGCGACUCAAUAGUGAGACUGAAGUGUGGUCAGAUUUAUACAUUAUAGGAGCAGCGAGGAGUACUGCUUAGACAUCAUGGGCAUCAAAUUCUUGGAGGUAAUAAAGCCAUUCUGUGCAGUGCUGCCAGAAAUCCAAAAACCCGAGAGAAAGAUCCAGUUCAGGGAGAAAGUAUUAUGGACUGCCAUCACUCUUUUCAUCUUCCUGGUGUGUUGCCAGAUCCCCCUCUUUGGCAUAAUGUCAUCAGACUCUGCGGAUCCAUUCUACUGGAUGAGAGUAAUCCUGGCCUCAAACAGAGGUACCCUGAUGGAGCUGGGUAUUUCCCCUAUCGUCACCUCAGGCCUGAUAAUGCAGCUGCUGGCUGGAGCUAAGAUCAUUGAAGUUGGAGACACACCAAAGGACAGAGCCCUCUUCAAUGGAGCUCAGAAAUUGUUUGGAAUGAUCAUCACCAUCGGCCAGGCAAUUGUAUACGUAAUGACCGGCAUGUAUGGAGACCCCUCAGAGAUGGGUGCAGGAAUCUGUCUGCUCAUCAUCAUUCAACUCUUUGUGGCUGGGAUGAUUGUUCUGCUGCUGGAUGAAUUGCUCCAGAAGGGCUACGGUCUUGGUUCAGGGAUUUCACUCUUUAUUGCCACCAACAUCUGUGAGACGAUUGUUUGGAAGGCCUUCAGCCCCACAACAGUGAACACUGGAAGAGGUACAGAGUUCGAGGGAGCAAUCAUUGCCCUUUUCCACCUGCUGGCCACUCGCACAGACAAAGUGCGUGCUUUGAGAGAGGCCUUCUACAGACAGAACCUGCCCAACCUCAUGAAUCUUAUUUCCACUGUGUUCGUCUUUGCUGUAGUGAUAUACUUUCAGGGAUUCAGGGUGGAUCUGCCCAUCAAGUCAGCACGUUACCGUGGCCAAUAUAACACCUACCCCAUCAAGCUCUUCUACACCUCCAACAUCCCCAUCAUCCUCCAGUCUGCUCUGGUCUCCAACUUGUAUGUUAUCUCCCAGAUGCUUUCGACACGCUUCAGUGGCAACUUCCUGGUUAAUCUGCUUGGUACCUGGUCUGACACAACGUCAGGUGGUCCGGCCCGUGCCUACCCUGUAGCUGGACUUUGCUACUACCUCUCUCCCCCUGAGUCGUUUGGCUCAGUUUUGGAUGACCCGGUCCAUGCAGUCAUCUACAUUGUCUUCAUGCUCGGAUCAUGUGCCUUUUUCUCCAAAACCUGGAUUGAAGUUUCAGGCUCCUCUGCUAAAGAUGUGGCCAAACAGCUGAAGGAACAGCAGAUGGUGAUGAGGGGACACAGAGAAACCUCAAUGGUUCAUGAACUGAACAGGUACAUUCCUACAGCUGCUGCCUUCGGUGGACUGUGUAUAGGUGGACUAUCAGUAAUGGCUGACUUCCUUGGAGCCAUUGGCUCUGGCACUGGUAUCCUGCUGGCUGUCACCAUCAUCUAUCAGUACUUUGAGAUCUUUGUGAAAGAACAGAGUGAAGUAGGCAGCAUGGGGGCCCUGCUCUUCUAAAAAAAAAAAAAAAAAAAAAGUUUAAACUCCCACUGUCUACAAACUUUAUCACGAUUACCAACCUUGCAUUUCUUUUACAUCUACGUGAAGCCCCUGCGUCUGUAGCUUUCAAGAGCAUUAUGAGGAGUCUCCGGGGAUCUCAGCUGAAAUGGGAGCUGCACGGCAUGUUGUUCCACAAAUCUUCCUAAUUUUCACAAAGAAUGACAUUUCAAUACAUCAGAUUUUCUGUCUGACUUGAAAUCCCCAAGAUCUUUCUUGUGUAUGAGAUGAAGUCCUUUUGGAGUUUGGAUGUUUUUCCAGACUGACAAUAGAGUGCUUCAGUAUGCAGGCGUACUCAAUACAAAGGACAGAGGUCAACUGCCUGCUUUGUGCUUAAAAAACACUUGAUACUCUGCUUGAUGUUGUCUAAGUUUAUUUUCAUCCUUAUUUUAAUUUUCCAUGAACCUGACAAUUACAUGACUGUGUGGACCAGUACUUGAACCAUCAAAUGCUGAAGUGUGAAGUUCUGUCAUUUCUGAUGUGUGACCCUUUUUAUAGAUGUUAUAUGAAUAGGGUCUUGUAAGAAGAGGAAGUUGAGCUCACAUUAGGGUCGGACUGUAGUAAAAUUAAAUAAUUUUGUUGACAGUCAACUUAUGAACCAUUAAGAAGGACCCUCUCUAUUUAAAUUUAUGGCAUUCCCAAGGAGAUGCAGUAUUAACUCACACGUCAUGUUCUCUUUUGUUAUCCCCUUUAGAUUUUGUUUUUAAAAUAUUCUCCUUCUAAGCAUACUGGCCAUUAAUUGCUUUCCACACCUGACAAAUUAUGAUUUUGUGUACAUAGGCCAUAAAUCGAAUAACUUUGUAUUUGUCUUAAGUGUAAGAUAAAGCUUUUGAUUGUGUAAAAAUUUCUGCAUUUCAGAACAAACUUAUAGAAAAACAUUCUCAAUAAAACCUUUUGUGACAAA